AUGGGUCGGACGAUUUCCCUUCCUUUCCGCCCUUUGACUUCAAGGCAAGAGCGGAAUCUAAUGACCUACCUGGACGAUCAUUUUCUUCAGAUCACAAGAAACUUCAAGAAACGUGCAGAAACAUCUUCUACGCUUCGUACCCUCCACGCUUACCUCGAAGCUUCACGACACCUCCUGAAGAUCAUUCUUCAAAUACCUCCAGUCGACCCAUCCACCAGUCUAAGGACAGCCUACCUACUUCGUCUCACAGGAGAUGUUCUGAGCUCCAUUACCGGAUACAGAUUAACUUCAGAAAGUCCCCCCACGAAUGGCCAGGCGGACGGCCCCAUCGCUUCAACUGCUAAUCUCGACUCUAUACCACUACCGCUCGCAAGAUCAGCCCUACAGGAUCUCCUCGAUUUCUUAGACGACCUCGACCAGGCUUGGGUUGCUGUACUCCAAGGGCAAGUUUGGGAUCCAAGUUCAGGAGCGGGUGUCGAUCUUGUGGUACCCAUCGACUCCUCGAAUGUCAAGUCUACGCCCCCGAGUCAAACUGACGUUGCACGGCUGCGCAGCUUGUUGAUCGGUGGACAGUCCGCGAUCGAGGAAUGGCUUAGUGAGGAAAGACUGACACGAGGUGGAGAAGAGGAGGAAGACGAUUUGUCGGCGACGCUUGAGCGUAUGGGUUUACUUGAUGAAUUUGAUGAGCUUUUCUCGAAGACACUUGACUUUUUGGGAGGACUUGGGGGUGUGAUUGUUGAACCGGGAAGCACUGUGGAGGACAUGGAUAUAGGUUGA